UAUUGUUGUUAACUCGAUAUAUUUGCGUAGAAAGUAUUUCCGGGGCAGUUUUAUAACUUGGACACAUAAUAAACCGUGCUACAAAGGUCUUGUCUUCUACCUGUCACGGGUUCUCGCUUUCAUGUACACUGCGGUGCUAAUUGCUGCUGUUGUUGGUGGUGGGGUACUGCUCCUUGUGCGCCGUUUGUUCCCUCAACAGAAACCCAUGAAGCUGCUCCAGUAUCCCGCCGACACCAUGCGAGGAAAGACUGUCAUCGUGACCGGGGCUAACUGCGGGAUAGGGAAGGCCCUGGCCGGGGAGCUGCUGAAGCUCCAUGCCCGGGUCAUCAUGGCCUGUCGGGACCAGCGGAGCGCCGAGGAGGCGGCUAAGGACAUCAAGGACCAAGCGGGACCAGAGCAGGGGGAGGUGGUCAUCAAACACCUGGACCUCGCUUCUCUCAAAUCAGUCCGACAAUUCUGUGAGGAAAUUCAUGAGGAGGAAUCCAAGAUUGAUGUGCUCAUUAACAACGCAGGCGUCUACCAGUGUCCCUACGCAAAGACAGAGGAUGGUUUUGAGAUGCAGCUUGGUGUGAAUCACCUGGGUCACUUCCUCCUCACUCACCUCCUGCUGGACCUCCUGAAGACCUCGGCUCCCAGCCGCAUCGUUGUGGUUUCAUCUAAGCUAUACAAGUACGGCCAAAUCAACUUUGAUGACCUGAACAGUGAAAAAAAGUAUGACAAGUCCUUCUGCUACAGUCAGAGCAAGUUGGCCAACCUGCUGUUUACACUCGAGCUGGCUCACCAGCUUGAGGGAACGGGGGUCACAGUCAAUGCUCUCACCCCGGGCAUCGUCAGGACCAAACUAGGCAGGCAUGUUGAAAUCCCUCUCCUGGCAAAGCCGCUGUUCUCCCUCGCUUCGCUAGUCUUUUUCAAGAGCCCAUUGGAGGGGGCCCAGACUCCUCUUUAUCUGGCCUGCUCCCCUGAGGUGGAGGGAGUGUCGGGGAAGUGUUUCGCUAACUGUGAGGAGGAGGAGCUGAUGGCCAACGCUACAGACGACCGGGCAGCCAAGAAACUGUGGGACAUAAGCAGGAGGAUGGUUGGGCUUGCUGACUGAGCAGAGUCCUGUUCUGAGGACAGUACUGGAGGGGCUUAAGUGUUCUUGGACAAAAUACUUAAUCUCUAGCACACUCUAGACAUCACCCCACAGACUCUCACUCACAUUUUGCGAGAGAGUGCUCAUGAAAAGACUGAUUGCCACCUGUAAUAAUUAAUGAAAUGACAUACUGUGCCAAAGAAGUGUGUAAAUUAAGUGCCCUUGAGCAAGAGGGCGGAGUGUACUUUGCAGUGGGUUGAUCAGAGAAUGUAUAAAGCUUUGAAUAAACAAAUGUUCCCCUUAAAAGUGAGCGUUCAAAUGAAGAUGCAUCACCAUGUGAAGUUAGGGCUGGGCGGUAUGGCCAAAAAUGGCAUCACGAUAAAAAAUGUCAUCUCAUUCUGUCCAUAAUUAUCACAAUAAAGUCAACUCAUUAUUUCUAA